UGGUGAAGAAGGGGGGUUGCUGAGCCCUGCUUUGGCCAAUGGGGCACGGUCAUUAGGGCUGACCAGUGUGGGCCCCGACAUAUAAGAAGGGCCGUAUGGCACCAGAGAAACCACAUCACUCAGAGGUCGCCCCCUCACAGAUCUCCUACAACCACAAAUCCAACCAAUCAUGGACGUAUUCUCGACAUCCCAGAUCUACUACGAUAGCACUUGUGCCUCGUCGCCUGAAGCUUUGGAGUUCGGCCCUGGAGGAGAACUGGCCGGGUCUGAAGAGGACGAGCACGUCAGGGCCCCCGGGGCCCCGCACCAGCCAGGUCACUGUCUGCAAUGGGCCUGCAAAGCUUGCAAGCGCAAAUCCAGCACUGUGGACCGCCGGAGAGCCGCCACCAUGAGGGAGCGCCGCCGGCUGAAGAAGGUGAACCAUGCAUUUGAGGCACUACGGCGCUGCACCUCGGCGAACCCCAGUCAGCGUCUUCCCAAGGUGGAGAUCCUGAGGAACGCCAUCCAGUACAUCGAAAGCCUUCAGGAGCUUCUCAGGGAACAAGUGGAGAACUACUACAGCCUGCCAAUGGAGAGCAGCUCUGAGCCGGCCAGCCCUUCCUCAAGCUGUUCUGAAAGCAUGGUUGACUGCAAUAGUCCUGUGUGGCCUCAAAUGAAUCCAAACUUUGGGAACAACUACAACUUUGAAGCACAAAAUGCUAGCGUGGUGGGCAGAACCCCAGGAGCGUCCAGUUUGCAGUGUCUGUCCAGCAUCGUGGACAGGCUGGCUUCUGUAGAUACAGGAGUUGCGAUGGGAACGAGGAACAUGGUUGCUCUCUCUCCAACUGGAAGUGAUUCCCAGUGCAGUUCUGCAGACAGUCCCAGCAACAGACCAGUCUACCACGUCCUGUGAGAGGGAGCGAGACACUCCAGCCUGGAUAUCUGCUUCCAGUCUAAAUGACUGCUAUUCACAUUGCAUGUUCAUUUAUGAAGUAUUUUGGAUGAUUUGAUAAUGCUUUCAGAUACCAAUAAGAAUGUAGUGAUCAAAAACCUCUAUAUAGCACAAUGACAAAGAUUUGCCCUCAACCUCUUACGGCUAGAAGUAGAAAACAAAUCUUUAGUUCUGUCUAGGCUUGGUUAUAAUAUCAGGUCAUGCUUUAAAAAAGGCCGUACUAUCCAUUAUGUACACAGUGGAUAUUUUUACCAUGUUGACUGACUGUACAGCUGACUACAUUGAAAUCGGUUUUAUUUAUCAAUAAUAAUCGUUGAGGUACUUAGUAAAUGCUGUUUUGUAAUAUUAGCCAACUUAGUGUUAUCCGCAACCUACCAUUCUCUGUUGUAAAUAAGAUUGUACAUAAUUUAAAUGACUGUUAUUCUAUUCGUGUAUUGUUGUAUCUGUCAUAUUUAAUGAACAUUCUUGCAUAAAAUGACUUUUUCAUCAAUAAUACGUUUCGAAAUGU